GCCCCAGUCUAGCUCUAGUCCAAGCUCCAGGACGGGUUUUCAUGGCGCUCUGGGUGGUUCUCCUCUGUACCUUGGUAGCAUUGCUGCUUGGUGGGCUCUACCUCCUGGGUGCGCUUCGGAGACGGAGACCCAAUGAGCCACCUCUGGACAAAGGAACUAUUCCCUGGCUGGGUUAUGCACUGGAUUUCAGAAAGGACAGUUCAGAGUUUGUUAAAAGGAUGCAGAGGAAACAUGGGGAUAUUUUCACGGUGCUGAUUGGAGGCUAUUACUUCACCUUCGUGAUGGAUCCCUUCUGCUUUGGAGCCAUCGUGAAGGAAUCUCGAUCUAAACUAGACUUUAGGACUUUUGCAUCUAAACUAGUCCAGCAGGUUUUUGGCUACAAGCCCAUUGAAGCCAGCCAGAGGAUAAUUCAUGCAUCGAGCACGAAACAUCUGAUGGGAGACGGACUCACAGUCAUGACACAGGCCACCAUGGAGAACUUUCAGAAGCUGAUGCUUUCCAAUUUGAGCUCAGGAGAGGGGAAACAAGAGUGGCAAGAGGACAGCCUCUUCUACUACUGCUACAACAUGGUCUUCAGAGCUGGGUACCUGGCUCUGUAUGGCACUGAGCCACACCAAGGGGCAGAAAACAAGGAGAAAGCUCAUGAGCAAGAUCGCAUCCACUCCAACCAGCUCUUCCACGAGUUUCGGAAGUAUGACCGCCUCUUCCCUCGCCUGGCCUAUGCCAUGUUGUCUCCCAAGGACAAAAGAGAAGCUGAACGGCUGAAGAGGCUCUUCUGGAGCAUGCUGUCUGUGAAGAAGAGCCUUCAGAAGGACAAUAUCAGUGGGUGGAUAAGUGAUCAAGAGCAGCUUCUGGCAGAAAGCGGUGUUCCCGAGUACAUGCGGGAUCGUUUCAUGUUUAUGAUGCUCUGGGCAUCCCAAGGCAAUACGGGUCCGACUGCCUUCUGGCUCCUCUUGUACUUAAUGAAACAUCCAGAAGCUAUGAAGGCUGUGAAGGAUGAGGUAGAUAAAGUCUCAAGGGAGAGUGGCCAGGAAGCAAAGCCAGGGAACCCACCGAUUAACAUCACGAGGGAGAUGUUAAACCAGACUCCUCUUCUGGACAGUGCCCUGGAAGAGACCCUGAGGCUGGUUGCAGCCCCAAUACUGGUCAGAGCUGUUCUCCAGGACAUCAGCCUUAAGACAAGCAGAGGAACGGAGUACACUGUCCGCGAAGGAGACAGGGUGGCUCUGUUCCCUCACGUCUCUGUGCAGAUGAACCCAGAAAUUCACCCUGAGCCUCACAAAUUUAAGUACGACCGCUUCGUCAACCCGGAUGGCACCAAGAAAGAUUUCUACAGAAACGGGAAAAGGCUGAAAUACUUCAACAUGCCCUGGGGGGCAGGAGUAUCCAUCUGUCCCGGGCGGUUCUUCGCUACGGCUGAAGUUAAAAUGUUUAUCUUCAUGAUGCUGAGUCAUUAUGAGCUGGAGCUGGUCAACAGAGAAGAGGAGAUCCCAGAGAUAGACGCCAGCCGCUGGGGGUUUGGGACCAUGCAGCCUGUUCGUGAUGUUCGGUUCAGAUACCGCCUGCACUUGUGAUCUGAGAAGUUCUUGUUGCAUUGUUGUGUUUGGUUGUUUUGUUGUUGGUUUAUUUGUUUGUUUUUCUGGCAUUAUCUAUGAAAGAAGUUGCGUGACCCCGUGGUUACCAGAUCCACACAGCACCAACACUGGUAGGAUCUCGUUUGCUUCAUGGUUACUGUGGCUUUUCUCUGUGCCUCCUUCCCACCUGUGUUGGGUGAUGCUGCAAGCUCCUCUGCACACCCACCAAGGAGCCCAGAGAGACAAAUAGCACCCUGCCAUCCUGGGGACCAUCAGUCUGCCAAAAGCCCAUCUACACAAGCCCAAAGGAGCGUAUUGGCAGGUGGGAAUGCAAAUUAAGGACUUCCAAGGAGGAAGUAUUUUGUUCGGAUCCCUCCCAGGGUAGUCCCAGCAGAGCCAUCAGCCCCACGGACCCAUCAAGGAGUGUCACUGGGAGCAGCUCUUUGGAUCACCAUCUGGACUAAGAGGGAUUGCUGUCAAGGGAGGGGGGAUAUCUUAUGGCAUGCAGAAGAAAAGCAUUUUGGCAUUGCACAGGAUUUGUGGUGGGAUGUUUAGGGGAGAAGCCAAAGGUGGGAAAAAGGAGGGAUUUAGGUGAUUUGGGGAGGAAAAUAGAGGGGUAAGGAGUUAAAAAGGGCUGGUUGUGUGUAAAUAGGUGGCUGGACCGUAUACUUGUCUGGUCACAUCCUGCUCCUGAUUAGCACAGUCUAUCCUAUUGUCUUAUUAAAUUCCUUUCCUUAAAUUCAAGCUUCUAGUAAACCCCUGGCAGGUCAGAGAAACCCACAUAUCCUCUCCAGAGGUGUAAGGGUUUCCUCGGGGCUUCCAAAUUGUCUUGUCUAUAGUCUCCUUCUUGUAUCUGAUGAGAUUCCCAAAGGGAGCAGAGGUGGGAGGUACCUAGCAAGGACACAGUGACGACUCCUUCCCAGUUGAUGUUUAAGAAAAGCAGAGGUCUUGCCAAUCUCAUUUACCACGUUGGUGAGAGGAGAAGGGAACAUCACUGAUAACCUACAGUACUGUUUUCAUCAAAUCUGCAUGAGUUAGGAAUGCACACGGUCACCUGCCUUUCCAGGGCUGCAGGACGUUGUGCAUUCAAGCCCUGUGUCUUGUGUGCAGUUUCUGGGGAUAAAAAAGGCUCUUUCUGUGUGUAUCUGGAUCCACCCCAGCAACCAUAACACAGCUGAAGUGUGGCUACGUACACCCUGAGCAAGGAUCCCCUAUGCCACUGAACCAGCUCUCUGCUUCAACGCAAACCAUUUCACAGGCUUGGAUAUUUUGGGCUCUGCAUGCUGGCCAGGAACAGGUCUGCCCUCCUAAGAGGGGGUGGUUGUCUGAGCUGUGGUGCCUGAGCCUUGCUGGGGGGUGAGCUCCCAGCACUGCCUCGUGCUUGAGCCUGAUUGGGAUCUCGAUGCUCCUUCACAUGCUCCUUGAAUCCCACAGGCUGAUGCCUGUUGGAAAAUGCCACCCUCCCUCCAAAUUUAGAUCCCAUCCUCUGCAAAGGCCUGAGGAGACUAUAAGGAAUGGGCAGGAGAAAUGGGAAAGGGCUUGAAAAUCAAAGAGGGGCACGAGAAAACAACUUCAAUCCCAUGCAGGCUACAGCCACGGUGACCUUAUGAGUCCUCAAAUAUCUCUGUUUUAUCCACUGGAUUCAAUGCAAGAUAGAACUUUGCUCUACAAGCUCUGCUUUGCUUUUUGACUCCUUCAAUAAUUACUGCUCUGAAAACAUCAGUCCUUACAGAAGUUAAAUCCCAGCCUUACCUGUGCAGAGGACAGCACAUUGAUUUUAAUGCUGACUCUAGCCUUCAACUUUGGAGGUUAUGUAUGAUCCAGGAAUGAAACUCAAAUAUUUUCCCAUGUGUCCAGACAUCAAAGCCAGCUUCUGCUUUGUUCUGCAAAGGACAGGGUUAUGUUGUAAUUGCAAGUCAAGGGCAAACCACACUGGGCUUUAGCCCAGACCUUGUGGUGGUGGAAAUUCAGGCAGAAACGAUCAAGCAGCUGUGUCAGAGCCAACGAAAAAGAAAAGUCCCUGUAACUCCACGGGCCUUGACUGUGACAGUUAAUAUUUUCAUUAACAAUACAAGCACCUUUUCACCACUUCCAUCUUCCCUCCACAGCUCUCACCCCGUUUUUGUCACCCAAGCUUCAUUUCUUUGCUCUGCUACCAAGAAUGAAGCUAGAGCUCUUCCCACAUUCCAGCUGAUGGUUGGAUCUUUGCAAGCUCCAAACCAUGCUCAGUAAUGCCUUGGGACAGUUGGGCAGGUCAGGGCCAUGGUGACAUCCUGGUCAAGUUGAUGUCCUCACUCCAAGGCUCUAGCAAGAGGAAUGCUUUUUGAGUGGAUAGUUUGCAUGAAGGUUGUUCACUGCUAAUGCCCACUGUGUAUUUGUGGUUACCACUUGUCAGGACCCCAGGUCAGAGGUGAGGGGUUAAGGAUGCACAAACAUGGACUGCACUUGGGGAAGGGAUAUAAAAAUAAGGACAGUGACAAUGAUUCAGCAGAAAAAUCUGGCUUUACUUCCUUGUCAGAAUGGUUUCUGUAACUGAACAAUAUUGGGUCUAUAAAAGACUUCAGACAUGCUCAAAUGCAUGCAGUUGUGACAAGCAAAAUAAAAUAAAAUAAAAUAAAAAUCA